AAUAGGACAGCAUUUUGCAUCAGAGUUCCUCAUGAGCCUAGCUCUAAAUCCUUUGGCAAUUAAUUCUACUGAGUUCAGUUACAACUUCAAUGGAGUUGCAUCACCAUUACUUCUUCAUACUUCUUUCUCUUGCUUUUAUAGCAAGUCAUGCAGCUAAUUUAUCUCCUGAGGUGUAUUGGAAAGUCAAGCUGCCCAACACUCCUAUGCCCAGACCCAUUAAGGAUGCUCUACACUAUUCUGAAGCCUCCGAGGGUGACGUUCACAAGUUGCGCCAACCAUAUGGAAUAGCUAUCAGAUGGUAUCAAGCAGCAAACGAGGGUGAUGUUAAAAAAUUACGCCAACCAUGGGGAGUGGGUUCGUGGUAUCAAGCAGCAAACGAGGGUGACGUUCACAAGUUGCGCCAGCCAUAUGGAGUGGGUUCGUGGUAUCAAGCAGCCACAGAGGGUGAAGUUAAAAAAUUACGCCAACCCUAUGGAGUGGGUUCGUGGUAUAAAGCAGCAAGCGAGGGUGAUGUUAAAAAAUUACGCCAACCAUGGGGAGUGGGUUCGUGGUAUCAAGCAGCAAGCGAGGGUGAUGUUAAAAAAUUACGCCAACCAUGGGGAGUGGGUUCCUGGUAUCAAGCAGCCACCGAGGGCGACGUUCAAAAGUUACGCCAGCCAUAUGGAGUGGGUUCGUGGUAUCAAGCAGCCACUGAGGGUGACGUUCAAAAGUUACGCCAGCCAUAUGGAGUGGGUUCGUGGUAUCAAGCAGCCACAGAGGGUGAAGUUAAAAAAUUACGCCAACCUUAUGGAGUGGGUUCGUGGUAUCAAGCAGCAAACGAGGGUGAUGUUAAAAAAUUACGCCAACCAUGGGGAGUGGGUUCCUGGUAUCAAGCAGCCACCGAGGGCGACGUUCAAAGGUUACGCCAGCCAUAUGGAGUGGGUUCGUGGUAUCAAGCAGCCACCGAGGGCGACGUUCAAAAGUUACGCCAGCCAUAUGGAGUGGGUUCGUGGUAUCAAGCAGCCACAGAGGGUGAAGUUAAAAAAUUACGCCAACCCUAUGGAGUGGGUUCGUGGUAUCAAGCAGCAAACGAGGGUGAUGUUAAAAAAAUACGCCAACCAUGGGGAGUGGGUUCGUGGUAUCAAGCAGCAAACGAGGGUGAUGUUAAAAAAUUACGACAACCAUGGGGAGUGGGUUCCUGGUAUCAAGCAGUCACCGAGGGCGACGUUCAAAAGUUACGCCAGCCAUAUGGAGUGGGUUCGUGGUAUCAAGCAGCCACCGAGGGCGACGUUCAAAAGUUACGCCAGCCAUAUGGAGUGGGUUCGUGGUAUCAAGCAGCCACAGAGGGUGAAGUUAAAAAAUUACGCCAACCCUAUGGAGUGGGUUCGUGGUAUCAAGCAGCAAACGAGGGUGAUGUUAAUGAAAACCUCCCAGUCACCCCUUACUUUUUUGAAACAGAUUUACGUCAAGGGAAAAAGAUGAAUCUUCCAUCUCUCAAAAAUUAUAAUCCUGCUCCCAUUUUGCCUCGCAAAGUUGCAGAUUCCAUCCCCUUCUCAUCAGACAAGAUUGAAGAAAUUCUAAAUCACUUUUCCAUUGAUAAGGACUCAGAGGGGGCUAAAAUGAUCAAGAAAACUAUCAAAAUGUGUGAGGAGCCAGCGGGUAAUGGCGAGAAGAAAUAUUGUGCCACUUCCUUAGAAUCAAUGGUUGAUUUCACCUCAUCUUAUCUGGGAACAAAUAAUAUUAUAGCACUUUCCACUUUAGUAGAGAAGGAAACUCCAGAGGUGCAAAUAUAUACCAUCGAAGAAGUGAAGGAGAAAGCAAAUGGCAAAGGCGUGAUAUGCCACAAAGUGACUUACCCGUAUGCGAUACAUUAUUGCCACAGUGUAGGAAGCACAAGGACCUUUAUGGUCUCAAUGGUGGGUUCUGAUGGAACAAAAGUUAAUGCAGUAUCAGAGUGUCAUGAGGAUACUGCACCCAUGAACCCUAAGGCAUUGCCUUUUCAAUUGCUCAACGUUAAGCCAGGAGAUAAACCUAUUUGCCAUUUCAUAUUGGAUGAUCAGAUUGCCUUAGUUCCUUCUCAAGACGCAACUCAAGUGUCUGAAAACUAAUAUGGAGAAAGUUCAGUCAUCUUAUGUAAUAUAAGUUGCAGCGCUUUGCAUAAUAAUAAAUGCCGUGAUGCAAGUACUGUUUAACUUUGUUAAUCACGGUUAAUCUAGUAUGAUGUAUGUAUGUGUUAAUGGAAGUAAUUGGUAUUUUAGUA